CCGCUGACAGAAGACUGAAUGACAAUGCAAAAUGUAAAUAUCAAAAUAUAUGAUGAUAUUGUAUGAAUCUUGAUAGCCACGGACGAAUUUAUAAUAUAUUCCAAAGUUCAACUCGAUAAAAACAAUAGCUUACAUUUAUAUACUGAGAAAAUGUCCAAUAGCUGCCAUUGACAGAAUAGGUGUCAUUGGUAGAUUAUUAUAAAACAAAUUGCACAGUUGUACACACUUACCUGAUAACUUUAUUGUUUUUAAGAUAAAAAGAAAUAUUUUUUUUACUGUGAGUUUUAUAAUCAGUUUUAUAGUUCGUAAUAAGUUCACAACUGUCGAUAGACUGAUCAUUUUGUGUUUUUUAAUCGUCCGUGUCACUAUUAAAUAUUAUCACUCAUACACAUACAUAUUUAUAAAUUUUAAACAUUUGAAAUGUUGUUUGGUCAACUAACGCGACUUGUUCAACCUUUAUUCCGAAGGUCUUUUCACAUAUCACCAAAAUUAAAUCAAGCUAUGGGGAUUGAUGGGAAUAAUAUACUGGCCGAAAGCUUAAAAAAACAGGGUAUUGAAUAUGUCUUUGGCAUUGUUGGUAUUCCUGUAAUAGAGACUUCACUUGCAUUUCAAGCUGCAGGCAUUAAAUAUGUAGGUAUGAGAAAUGAGCAAGCAGCAUGUUAUGCAGCUCAAGCUAUUGGCUACUUAACAGGCAAACCAGGAGUAUGUCUCGUUGUAUCAGGCCCUGGUCUCCUACAUUGUAUAGGAGGUAUGGCCAAUGCUCAAGUUAACUGCUGGCCACUUGUGGUCAUUGCAGGCUCAUGUCCAGAAGACCACGAGGGCAUUGGAGGUUUCCAAGAAUAUCCACAGGUGGAAGCCAGUCGCAUGUACUGCAAGUAUGCGGCCCGACCUCCGUCAGCUCGCCUCAUACCACUACACGUAGAAAAGGCCGUUCGCUACGCCUCUGUUGGCAGACCUGGUGUAGCUUAUCUGGAUAUGCCUGCUACUUUGCUUACGGCCGAAGUAGAUGAGGACAAAGUACCGCUUGACUACUAUUCACCUGAGCCAGUGAGAUUGGCUCACCCUGAUCCUUUACUUGUAGAGCAAGCGGCAGACCUACUGUCUAAAGCUGAACGACCACUCAUUAUAGUGGGAAAGGGCGCUGCAUAUGGAAAAGCUGAGAAAGUAUUGUGCAAACUAGUUGAGAACACAAAAAUUCCCUUUUUGCCUACACCUAUGGGUAAGGGCGUGGUCCCGGACGCGUCGCCCGCGUGCGUGUCGGCGGCGCGCACGCAGGCGCUGCUGCGGGCGGACGCGCUGCUGCUGCUGGGCGCGCGCCUCAACUGGAUGCUGCACUUCGGGCAGGCGCCGCGGUUCGCGCCCGGCGUCCGCGUCGUGCAGGUCGAUAUAUCCCCAGAAGAGUUCCACAACAGCAUAAAAUCUGAAGUAGCAGUACACUCUGACAUAAAACCUUUCGUAGAGGCACUAAAUGAAAAAUUGGCUCAGAAAAAGUUUUCUUUAGAUUCCUCAAGCAAGUGGUGGCAAAUUUUAAAUGAAAACCAAAAGAAAAAUACGGCAUUUGUGGAGGCACAAUCCAAUGACAAAUCCGUUCCCUUAAAUUACUAUGCAGUAUUCAAGACUGUACAAGCAAAUAUUCCUAAAGAUUCUAUUAUAGUGAGCGAAGGUGCUAAUACUAUGGAUAUAGGCAGAGGUCUGCUUCUAAAUAACAAACCGAGGCAUAGACUUGAUGCUGGAACUUUCGGAACUAUGGGUGUGGGCCCUGGUUUUGCAGUUGCAGCUGCGAUGUGGUGUCGCGAUUACGCGCCUGAAAAGAGAGUUAUUUGUGUCGAGGGAGAUUCAGCAUUUGGUUUCUCAGGAAUGGAAAUCGAGACUAUGUUCCGAUACAAAUUGCCAGUGAUCAUAAUUAUUGUGAAUAACAAUGGAAUCUACAGUGGAUUUGACAAAGAAACUAUGAAAGAUAUUCAGUCCGGUGGGGAUGUGGCGCAGUGUACACCACCAACUGCCUUAUCAAGUGAAGUAAGGUAUGAAAAAAUGAUGGAAAUGUUUGGUGUCUCCGGUCAUAUCUGUCGCACUGUGGAAGAGAUUGAAAGUGCAGUGAAGGCUGCCAUUGCAGUGACCGAUAGACCUAGUAUCAUAAAUAUUCUAAUAAGUCCACAGGCUAGCAGAAAACCUCAAACUUUCAACUGGCUAACGGAAUCUAAACUUUAAUUCUUUUUAAAAAUCAGGCAUUCGUUAUUGGAAAAUGUUUAUACAUUACCAAUACAUUGAAAACAAAAAUGGCUUUUAAUUAUUUUGGGUCAUGUUAAUAUGAUGGAAUAAAUAUACAAUUGUUGAGAUUUAGAAGUUAAGGUUUAUACAAAGUAUAUUUUCGAAGUUUAUACACAAUGUUAAAAUCAUAUUAAAUAUGAUAUAUGUAUAUGUUAAGGUAAAGGGGAAUAAAUAACAACAAUUAAGGUUUAAUUCAUAUAUUGUCUGUCUAUUGAGUCACAUCACAUCACGUUUUGUAUAAGUUGAACUUAAAAUAUAUAUUAAAUACAUUUUAUAUUAUAAACUAAA